GCCUGCAAUGCGCACGUGUGCUUUGUCUUGGUCUCUCACUUUACCCACACAUAAAUACAACAAAUAAACUAAAAAAAAUUGACAUUCAAUAACAAUGUAUUAAAGAAGUGUUGCAAUGUUCUUAGUAGUGAGUUAGUGUUAUAAAUAAGUGAUUCGACCUGUUGUUUCGAGUGAAAAAGAGAAGCUUUGCUCCUCGCGUCGUAGUAUCUUGAAUAAUGAUAUGAAACAACAUUUUCUAUGGCGAUAAAUCGGUCGUAACUGUGUGCUUUAAUCGGUAAUGUGUUGUCAAAGUUAGGUUAGAGAUACGAAUAUGUAAGGGAUAUUAGUUGGACAGACGUGAAUCGUAGAGUCGUGCUAUAUGCUAAUCAGUUGGUUUCUUUUAACCCGCACACAAAAACCUCUGCACCCGAUACUGCAGUGCGAUUUGUGUUGCAAAUUUUAAUGUUUAUAGCAUUCGGAUUCCGGACCAGACUGACGCUAUAAAUUUACGUACGGUUUUGUGUUAACCGAAAAAGUUACGGUGCUAACUUUUAUUGUAGUGAUUAAGAUUGCUGUCAAAACUAUGAAGCUCAGAAGUGAUCUAUCAGUAAACUGAAUUAGGGAACUAAGUGAUAAUAUUCUACUAAGGUCAACCGAUAGUGUUGAAAAGUCAGAUAAUGCAGUACGAUCAGUGAAAACGGGAACCAGUCGAUCUAUAAUAGUGGUAGAUCUAGUUUACUUGAGUCAGCGUAAACGUGAUAAUGUGUGUUGAGUUUGUGUGAAGUGGACCAAUGAUAGUGGAUGUGGGAACAUGGGACGACAGCGGCCGAGGGCGCGGCACCACGAGGGGCCGGGGCUACAGCGGUCGGGGGUUCGGCACCACGAGGAACCGGAGCUCCAGCGAUCGAGGGUGCGGCACCAAAGGGGCCCGGAGCGUCGAGGUUUUCGCCUCACGCUCAUGCUGAAGUGGAUCCUCUGCGUGUGUCUAGCCGGCUGCCUGCCUCUCGGCAACACCGUCAAAAAAGAUGGUUGUGCUUUUCCGGCGCGGUGGCAAGGCCGGUGGUUCCAAUCGGGUGUCAUCCAGCCUAUCCUGAUCGAGGGCGAUCGUCUCUCCAACAAGGGCAGGUGUCUGUCAUCAGAAGGCGACAAAUUUCUUAUAGUUGACGAGAAAGGCUGCUACCGUUGCGUGGUCAUGCACGAAAAACACAUCAAUGUUUUGCAGUACAAAGAGACAUUCUGCCACCGGCGCGACGCUCUGCCGCACCUAUGCUCGCUGAUCACGGGAGAUGCGCUGCUCUACUCCAUGUUCCGCGAGGCCGCCGCUCCUGUCGACUGCCCUCUUAAGGGACCUUUCUCUUUCACAUACAACAGAGGUCACGGCGACUGCAAGAGCCCGGUUUCAUCAAUAGAGAGCUGCACGGAAGAGUCUCGCCUCCUGCUAAACUACCAGGCUUGCCCCGACGUCUACGGCUCAGAGAGCACAGUGGAAGAGCUGGAGUGCCUGGCGACGUGGAAGGAAGGCAGCCUACGUUUCCUGGUGGGAAAGCUGCAUCACGGACACGCCACCACCAACGAGGACCGAUACCGCUGCUUCGUCUACGAGAAGACCAGCGGCAUUGGUUCCAGUAUUCCCAUGAAGGAAAGUCCAACAGCGGCGGGCGGGGUGGAGUACCGCGUGGCGCAGUCGGGGGACGCCACCUGCAACGGACUAUUCAGCGCCACAGAAGGUUCCAGAACUAUGGCGCUUAAGAGAGUGUCGGUGCGCUUCAGCUGCCAGUUCCCGGCGUGGAUGACGUCAUCGUCGACGUGGCACACGCUCGACUUCGGCACCAACUACACGUUCCACUCCCGCAACAACACGCUGCGCAUCGCCAACCGCACCGGCGCCGGCGCCGACGACAAGGUCUACUGCGUCAGCGUCAAGGCCAGCUCGCCCAGCGGCAACUCUGUCGCCCUCGUCGCGCACUGGCAGCACCACUGCGUGUCGCGGUACGUGUGCGUGGUGCUGUACCGACGUGACGCGCAGCUGGCGGAGCUGCAGCGCGGCGCCCCCGCCUCGCGCCCCGACGACGCCUGCUCGCCGCACCACUUCAACGCCGUCACCGCGCCAUACGUCACGCUAGUCGCUAGCAACCCUGAAUCGAAAGUUUGUCCAUACUCCGGUAAGUAUAGUAUACAAAGUCACCGGCAUCAGAGGACCGCGCGAUCAUCUCCUGACAGGGGAGGGCGAGAGAACUACAGCGGGCUGGCGAGCUUCAGCGUGCGGAACGCGUCGGAGGCGCACUUGCUGCGCAGCCGGCGACAGGCGGAAGCCGACCCCGCCUGCGCCGGCGCCGACUACCACCGCCUCGAGGUCGGCUGCAACUCGCCCAAAAACAUGGAGUUCUACUCCGCGUGCGAGAACAAAGACAUGGUCACAGCGUACACGUGUCACGGCGGGUGGUACGAGAAUGGGUUAUCGUUCGUGGUGGCGACGCCGGUGACGCGGCGCAGUACGGCCGCGCGCCGCUACUGCUUCGUGUCGCGCGAGGACGCGGCGGGCGGCCGGCUGCUGGCGCGCUCCGCCGACAACUGCGACCGCAGUCCCGCGCCGCACGCGCUCGGCGCAGCACCUGCCGGAGAAUGUCAAGAUGUACCCAACAGUCAGCCGACAGCGCGGCUGUGUACCGCACUGUUCUUAUCAACAUUAGUAUUGCUGCUUAUCACAAGGAGGUGAUUCACAAUACUGACGUUACUUACAUUUUGAACACAUAGUCGUUGCAACAUAACAAGUUUUAUUUUUAUUUGUAUUGUAAAACAUUUUCCUUUAAAUUGAUUUAAAAUUUGCA